AUGACCCCAGCGAACGCGCAAAGCACCGGGUGGGUGCGAGACGGGAGCGGACGGAUGAUGCGCGCGGAGGACGCGACCGCGGAGAACAUGGAGCCGUCGCAGCUCCUGCGCUUGCCGUGUCACGUCCUGCGCGAGGUGUUCGGUUUCCUGGACGCGAAAGACGUCGCGCGCGCGGCGACGACGUGCAGCACCCUGCGGGAAGUAAACCGCUCGGAGUCGCUGUGGAGACGUAUGCUCGCGAGCAAACUCGGGACGCAGGCGGAAAUCGUCCUGCCGAGGGCGCUCCCGGACGAGCGGUACAACGCCGGGGAAAGCAAGGAUGAACCCGCGUGGAAAGACAUGUUUAGGUUCUGGAUGAACCCGAAACCGAACUCGUUGGAGUGGGCGGAGAAGGCGCGGGGCGAAGACCUCGAAAGCUCGCGCGGGAAGUUCGCAGCGCGGUACCUGCACCGCUGCACCGCCAUCGGGGAUGGAAACAAGAUCCUCCUGUUCGGCGGUCAAGGCAGCGGCGCGGACUUCUUCAACGACCUCCACCUCCUCGACCUGAAGAAGACGCCGCUCAGCCUCGAGGAGGUGCACGCGUCCGGGGACCCGCCGUUUCCGCGAUGCAGCGGCACGCUCACCGCCGUGGGCGUCGACGGCUUACCCGGCGUGGAAGUCGUCGCCCUUUUCGGCGGUUCACAAGGAUUCUUCGAGGGCUUCUCGAACUCACUGUGUAUCCUUCAAGGCGACGACGGCGUCUCGAUUGAGAACGCCGCGGAGUCGCACCGGGGGUUAACGUGGAAGGAGCCGAAGGUCGUCGCGGAAAACGCGCUCGACGGCGUCCCGGACGCGCGGUGGGGGCACAGCGCGGUGUCUUGGAACGGGAAUCUCGUCUUGUUCGGCGGCUCGAACACGCAGCACUGCUUCAACGACACGUGGAUCUUAAACGUCAGCGCGGACGAGGAAGACCCGAAGCGGUUGCUCGCGACGUGGAGGCUGUUAAAGCUCGCGUCGGACGUUCGACCGCCGUCGCGAGCGGGGCAGACGGUGUCCAUCGUGAACGACUCUCUGUACGUGUUCGGCGGGUGCCACAUCUCGGACGUGUUCAACGAUCUUUGGACCCUAGAUCUGAACUCGCCGAAUCCGACGUGGAGGGAGUUUCACGUCAAAGGCACGCCGCCGGCGCCGAGGGUGGGGCACGCCGCGGUCGUCCUCGGCGACCGCGUCGUGUUCAGCGGCGGGAGGGGGUCGCCGACGGCGGGCGCGUUUGGAACGUACGCCACCGCGGAUCAAGGUCUCGCGACGAUGCAAGGACUGACGUUCUUCGAGGGCGGGUUCGCGAUGCUGGACAUCUCGAGGGAGUGCUGGAUGCCGAUCCAGCAUCCGAUUCGCGACGGGAAACGCGGUGUCGCGUUCAGAGGAGGCGGGGGGGACGGUCCGACGCCGAUGGACGUGGACGGCGAGGAAAACGAUUUCCACAUGCCGGGGCUCGGGAUGGACGAUCUCGAAGAAGGCGCGGACCAGGGGGUGUGGGAGCACCGGACCGGGCACGUGAUGGUGCCCGCGAAGGACGGGUUGCUCGUCAUCGGCGGGUUAGCGUACAGCGGGGAUUUUCAGAACGACGUGCAGCACAUCAAGGUGUUUUAG